GGCUGGCAGGCCGCGCCCUUCCCCUUCUGCCCAGUUUGGGUUAGUCCUGAUAUCUUGCCAUCCUCCAGCCACCUGGAUCGACCCGCUGACAGAAGGGGCCCGGUGAAGGCCUGGGCUCUGCAAAAUGGGUCGUUGUGGAGUUAAUCCCUGAGCCCUCUCAAGGAUUGACUGUAAACUCUGUUUGAGUUAGGAUUUCUGUCAAAAUUGUUUUUCCCUAGAAAAUGAAGCUGUAAAUCUUGCCAUCCGCCGGACUGUGAGGGCGGCGGACACUACAACUCCUAGCAUGCCCAGCGCCCCGCCCUCCGCGUGGAGUUGGCGCGCUGCCCGCUGGGAAUCGUAGUCCUGGUUGGUUGCGGUCCUCCUCCAGCCAGGCAGCUCUUCAUUGUUCCAGCGGGUCUUGAGGGCACGCCUGCGCAGUGGGCGGCUGAGCGAGCGUGUGGGUGAGACCCUCCUCAAAGCCCCCUUUCAUUGUCUGGGUCUGGCGCCUGCGCAGUGAGGCAUCGCUGGGCCCCGGCAAGAGGAGGGAGAGGACCUGGCUGGUUGCCCUUUGCGGGGCGCCUGCGCACUGAGCCGCCGCUCACUGCCGUUCCCGCUAUGUGUGGGGCGUGUGUGGAAUAACGUUAUUGCCCAGCGGAACCGAGGGGGCCCGAGCUCCACGGCGGCGGCGGCGGCGGCGGCGACGAAGACGACGACGACAACGGCGACGGGGUGGGGAGGAGGACAGCGUGGCAGAGACUGACGGGACGCGCCGCGCCCCGCCUCCCGGUCCGGUCCCUCUCCGCGGUGAGGGGAUGAUGUAGCUUUGCUAAGGAUUCAGAAGCUAAGCAGAAAUGAGCUUAACAUCCUGGUUUUUGGUGAGCAGUGGAGGCACUCGCCACAGGCUGCCACGAGAGAUGAUUUUUGUUGGAAGAGAUGACUGUGAGCUCAUGCUGCAGUCCCGUAGUGUGGAUAAGCAGCAUGCAGUAAUCAAUUAUGAUGCAUCUAUGGAUGAACAUUUGGUGAAAGAUUUAGGCAGCCUUAAUGGGACUUUCGUGAAUGAUGUAAGGAUACCAGAGCAGACUUAUAUCACUUUGAAACUUGAAGAUAAGCUGAGAUUUGGAUAUGAUACAAAUCUCUUCACUGUAGUUCGAGGAGAAAUGAGGGUACCUGAAGAAGCUCUUAAGCAUGAGAAGUUUACCAUUCAGCUUCAGUUGUCCCAGAAGUCUUCAGAAUCAGAAUUACCAAAAUCAGCAAGUGCUAAAGGCACAGAUUCAAAAGCGGAUACUACUCCAGAAGUGCAGCACAGAACUACAGAAGCUUUGAAAUCAGAGGAGAAAUCCAUGGAUGUUUCUGCUAUGCCCCGUGGCACUCCAUUAUAUGGGCAGCCAUCAUGGUGGGGAGAUGAUGAGGUGGAUGAACAAAGAGCUCUCAGGUCUAAUGGCAAGCCUGAAGAGAAGCAUCAUGACACUGGGGCUUCAGGGUGCAGCAUAGAUGCCAAGCAAGUGGAGGAACAGUCUGCAGCUGCAAGUGAAGAAGCACUUUUUCCUUUCUGUAGGGAACCAAGUUAUUUUGAAAUUCCUACAAAAGAAUUCCAGCAGCCAUCACAAAUAGCAGAGAGCACUAUUCAUGAGAUUCCAACAAAAGACACACCAAGCUCCCAUACAGCAGGUGCAGGGCAUGCUUCAUUUACCAUUGAAUUUGAUGACAGUACACCAGGAAAAGUAACUAUUAGAGACCAUGUGACAAAAUUCACUUCUGACCAGCGCCACAAGUCAAAGAAGGCCUCUUCUGGAACUCAAGACUUGCCAGGAAUUCAGACAGGAAUGAUGGCGCCAGAAAACAAAGUAGCUGAUUGGCUAGCACAAAACAACCCUCCUCAAAUGGUGUGGGAGAGAACAGAAGAGGAUUCCAAGAGCAUUAAAAGUGAUGUUCCUGUGUACUUGAAAAGGUUGAAAGGAAACAAACAUGAUGAUGGCACACAGAGUGAUUCAGAGAAUGCUGGGGCACACAGACGCUGUAGCAAGCGUGCAACCCUUGAGGAACAUUUACGACGCCAUCACUCAGAACAGAAAAAGAAGGUCCAGUCUACUGAAAAGCAUCAAGACCAGGCCGUUACUAGCUCUACGCAUCACAGAGGGGGGCAUGGUGUUCCACAUGGGAAAUUGUUAAAACAGAAAUCAGAGGAGCCAUCGGUGUCAAUACCCUUCCUACAAACUGCAUUGUUAAGAAGUUCAGGGAGUCUUGGGCACAGACCAAGCCAGGAGAUGGAUAAAGUAUUAAAAAAUCAAGCUACUUCUGCUACUUCAGAAAAGGAUAAUGAUGAUGACCAAAGUGACAAGGGUACUUAUACCAUUGAGUUAGAGAAUCCCAACAGUGAGGAGGUGGAAGCAAGAAAAAUGAUUGACAAGGUAUUUGGAGUAGAUGACAAUCAGGAUUAUAAUAGGCCUAUUAUCAAUGAAAAGCAUAAAGGUCUGAUAAAAGAUUGGGCUCUCAACUCUGCUGCAGUAGUAAUGGAAGAAAGAAAGCCAUUCAGCACACCUGGGUUUCAUAACUCAGAGGAAGGGAUAUCUUCAUCUGGAAGCAAACGUUGGGUUUCACAAUGGGCUAGUUUGGCUGCUAAUCAUACAAGGCAUGAUCCAGAAGAAAGGUUAAUGGAAUUGUCUGCAACUGUAGAAAAUGAGACAGAUACUGGUGAAAUUGGUGUUUCACUGAGAAGUACUAGCUCUGCAGCUUCCCUGGCAAGUCAGGGAGAGAGAAAGAGGCGAACUCUUCCUCAGCUCCCAAAUGAAGAGAAGCCUCUGGAGGGCUCCAGAGCAAAGGUAGUAACACAGAGGUCGGAGAUAGGAGAGAAGCAAGACACGGAACUGCAGGAAAAAGAAGCAGCUGCCCAGAUACGCCAGAACGAGAAACAUGAUGCAGACAGAAGCCUGAGUCAGCUGAACAGGGCAGUCAACGGUGAGAUUCCUAAAACUGGUGGCGACAAUAAAGCCCUCCUUCACUCAGGUAGCUCUUCUAGCAAAGAGAAGAGUGAAGCUGAUAAAGAAACUUCCUUGGUAAAACAAACAUUAGCUAAAAUCCAGCAACAACAGGAACAGAAGGAGCAGGCCCCGUGGACUCCUACUAAAUUGUCUUCAAAAAGUGUUUCAGCCCACAUAGAUAAAUAUAGGGAGGAGUCUUCUAAGCAAGAGAUCCAACUUGCAGAAAAAAUUUCAGGACAUUCUACAAGCAGAGGAGAAAGAGUAAUACAAAAUGAAAGCAAGAGAAGAAAAGCUGAGGAAAUUCCGAAAAGUCAGACUUCAAAAGGAGACAAGAAAGAGUCCUCCAAGUCGUUAGUGCGUCAAGGGAGUUUCACCAUAGAAAAACCCAGUUCAAACGUACCCAUAGAACUUAUUCCCCAUAUCAAUAAGCAGAAUUCAUCUGUUCCCACUUCCUUAGCAUUGGCAUCUGCAAGUAGACUUCGAGAAAGGAGUGACUCUUUGGAUACUGAUUCUAGCAUGGAUACAACCUUGAUUCUAAAAGACACGGAAGCAGUGAUGGCUUUCCUAGAAGCUAAACUGCGUGAAGAUAAUAAUAAAACUGAUGAAGGCCCAGAUACUCCUAGUUACAAUAGAGACAAUUCUAUUUCACCAGAAUCUGAUGUAGACACAGCCAGUACAAUUAGUCUGGUUACUGGAGAGACAGAAAGAAAGUCUACCCAAAAGCGGAAGAGCUUCACUAGUCUCUAUAAAGACAGGUGUUCCACAAGUUCCCCUUCCAAAGAUGCUACAAAGUCAGGCACUAGGGAGAAAAUUGAAAAGAAGGCAAAAAGCCGCUCUACAGAUAUAGGUGCAAGAGCAGAUGGUCGAAAAUUUGUACAGUCCAGUGGAAGAAUCCGGCAGCCUUCUGUAGACUUAACAGAUGAUGACCAGACCUCUAGUGUACCUCAUUCUGCUAUCUCUGACAUUAUGUCAUCUGACCAGGAAACAUACUCCUGUAAAUCUCAUGGAAGGACUCCACUUACCUCAACUGACGAGCACAACAUACAUUCCAAACUGGAAGGAGGCAAAGGAACAAAGUCGAAGACUUCUCCUGUUGCCCCUGGUUCAUCAAGUAAAUCGACCACUCUCCCAAGGCCACGGCCCACCAGGACUUCCCUCCUGCGUCGAGCCCGGCUAGGUGAAGCUUCCGACAGUGAACUUGCUGAUGCUGACAAAGCAUCUGUUGCUUCUGAAGUCUCCACCACAAGUUCCACAUCAAAACCACCCACAGGAAGGCGAACCAUCUCUCGGAUUGAUUUAUUGGCUCAGCCUCGAAGAACAAGACUUGGCUCAUUAUCUGCCCGUAGUGACUCUGAAGCAACAAUAUCAAGAAGUAGUGCCUCUUCACGCACUGCAGAAGCCAUCAUUAGGAGUGGAGCCAGAUUAGUGCCAUCAGAUAAAUUUUCUCCUAGAACUAGAGCUAACAGUAUCUCACGGCUGUCGGACUCCAAGGUCAAAAGCGUGACCUCCACUCAUGGCUCUCCUUCAGUAAAUUCAAGAUGGAGGCGCUUUCCUACUGAUUAUGCUUCCACCUCAGAAGAUGAAUUUGGAUCAAACCGUAAUUCCCCUAAACAUACUCGUCUACGUACUUCUCCAGCCCUGAAAACCACUCGCAUGCAGAGCACUGGAUCAGCAAUGCCUGCUAGUUCUUCAUUCAAGCACCGAAUUAAAGAACAGGAAGACUAUAUCCGAGACUGGACUGCUCAUCGAGAAGAGAUAGCCAGGAUCAGCCAAGAUCUUGCUCUCAUUGCUCGGGAGAUCAACGAUGUAGCAGGAGAAAUAGAUUCAGUGACUUCCUCAGGCACUGCCCCUAGUACCACAGUAAGCACUGCUGCCACCACCCCUGGCUCUGCCAUAGACACUAGAGAAGAGGUAGGAGAUCUUCAUGGAGAAAUGCAUAAGUUGGUUGACCGUGUUUUUGAUGAAAGCCUCAACUUCCGAAAGAUACCUCCAAUUGUUCCUUCUAAAACACCAGAAGGAAAUAAUGGUCGAUCUGGUGAUUCAAGACCUCAUCCAGCAGAGCCUCCUGAUCACUUAACAAUUACAAGACGGAGAACCUGGAGUAGGGAUGAAGUCAUGGGAGAUAAUCUGCUGCUGUCAUCCGUCUUUCAGUUCUCUAGGAAGAUAAGGCAGUCUAUUGAUAAAACAGCUGGGAAAAUUAGAAUAUUAUUUAAAGACAAAGAUCGGAAUUGGGAUGACAUAGAGAGCAAGUUAAGAGCUGAAAGCGAAGUUCCUAUUGUGAAGACCUCAAGUAUGGAGAUUUCUUCUAUUUUACAAGAGUUGAAAAGAGUUGAAAAACAGUUGCAAGUGAUCAACGCCAUGAUUGACCCAGAUGGAACCUUGGAGGCUCUUAACAACAUGGGAUUUCCCAAUGCUAUCCUGCCAUCUCCACCCAAACAGAAGUCCAGUCCUGUUAAUAACCACAGCAGCCCUGGUCAGACACCAGCACUUUGCCCCCCAGAAACCAGGGCUCUGCACCCUGCAGCAGCCGCAGCCUCAGCUGAGUUUGAGAAUGCUGAAACUGAGGCUGAUUUCAGUAUCCAUUUCAAUAGGUUCAACCCUGAUGGGGAAGAGGAAGAUGUUACAGUACAUGAGUGAUGACGUUCCCUUGAUUGUUAGAGACAUUACCUGUGGAGUGACUAGGGGUAUUGGAAGCAGCAUGAUGUUGACAUACAAAACAAGAGAGCUUGGUCAGCAACAA